AUGGAAUCGUCCAUUCUAAAAGACAUUCCAUUCCCUCAAAAUCAUUCCAUCCGUCACCCAUUUUUUCCAUUCAAUUCCCUCUUCACCCUUCAUCAACAAAACCACAACCACGAUCCUUGCUACCACACACCACCACCACCACCACCACCGUCAUCCGUCGUCGUCACCACCUCCGCCGCCACCUGCCACCGCCGCCACCCGCCACCGCCGCCACCUACCGCCAACACCCACCUCCGUCCUCACCACCGCCGUCGCCGCCACCCACCUUGGUUCAUCGCCGCCACCAUUACCACUGCCACCUCCGAUCACCGCCGCCACCGCUAUCAACCGCCACCACCGCUACCACCUCCGACCACCCCUGCCACCACCAUUGCCUCCGCCGCCACCUACCUCCACCGUCAUCCACCACCACCACCGUUGUCACCAUCCACCGUCGUCUCCACCCACCACCACCGCCAACCACCGCUGCCGCUACAACUGACACCUAGUACCACACCCCAUCAUCGUCCAUCACUGGCCACCACCAUCUGA